GCAGCCGCGCGGCAAUUAGUGCGCUCCGGAGCGUGACGAACACAGACACCGACCGACGCUCAGGUGCCGCCUUACCGGCAGGAUCUAAUGAGUGAUAGAGCACAAAUGCGCUCGUUUGGAGAGAUGCUGUGGAUUAUACAGUCGCUGGGACUUUAUGCCCAAAUCAGCGCAAAUUUGGCAGUGGACAAUCACGUAUCUGGAAACGCUCUUUUCACCGAGGUUCCUCAGGACGUGGUCUCUCAGGCUGGAGAUGAUGUGGAGAUGGCCUGCUCCUUCAGAGGCUCUAGUUCCUCCUCCGUCUCCUUGGAGAUCCAGUGGUGGUACACCAGACACAGCAGAGACUGGGCGGAGCAACCAGCUUGGACAACCAAUCAGGUGGUUUCACAGGAAAACACACCAAAGGGAGCAACUAAAAUAAGUGUGGUAAAAGUGGUUGGCAGCAACAUCUCACAUAAGCUUCGUCUGUCUAGCGUCAGACCAUCAGACGAGGGAACGUACGAGUGUCGAGUCAUCGACUUCAGUGAAAGCCGAGUCCAGCGGCACACAGUUCAGGCAUAUCUGCAGGUUCAGCCAGACCUCCAGCAGGAACACCAGAGUCCCGUCCACAACAGAGACCAGAAGAAAGAAGAGGAGAAGAAGACAUCAGAGCAGAACGCAGGUCCUGAAGAUCAUCAGAAGAGCCACCGUAAGAGAGAAGAAGAGCAGAGAACGCAGCAUGUGGCCCAUCGGUUUCAUGAAGAGGAUCAUCAUCAGCUCCAUGAGGGGAACAAGACGAGAACGGGAAAGAAACACCAAUCAGAGAGCAGAGAUAUGAAGACAGAGUGACUGUCCUGCUGAAAACUGCACACGAGAAGAGAGACGUCUCGAUAAAACUAGAACAGUCCUGAUGUUACAAACCAUUGUCCACGUAAUUAAUCUUAACAUUAGUUUUAUUGCAAUUGCUGAUUUGUGCUAUAAAAAGGAACCAGCCAUUUGUAGAUUCAAAGGGAUAGUUUAUUCCGACUACUUAAAAAGCUUUUAAAAUUGAACCUACUUACUUUUGGAACCAAUUCUGUUGGCUAGUUGUCUCAAAAACACUAGGCAAUCAGCAAAACUUUAGUUUUCUUUGAGUUGGUUUGGCUCAGGCUUCACCUCUCUUGAUUUCUCUGGUCAUGUGGUCACCAUAAGGAGAGGAGAAGAAUCGAAUGAAUAAAACAGCAACAGAAACGAGAGGUGAUUAUUAAUGACUGAGAAGAAACGAAGAGGGUGAAUUUAGCUGCAGGCAGAGAGUGAAAUGUUAAUUUAUUCAUUAGAAAAGAAGGACAGACAAGGACUGAAUGUAAUAUAUUGUUUAUGUUGGGGAUGUUUACCUUUACUCUUUACUCUUUAACUUUAUCUAUUCUCUUCUUUGUAUGUGAUUUUCAUUUGUUUAGCUUGUAUCUUGACAAAAUGUGUUGCGCACAAGAUGGUAUAUGGCUAGUGUGUGUGUGUGUGUGUGUGUGUGUGUGUGUGUGUGUGUGCAUUUUAUAAGAAUUUGAAAUAGAGCUACAUUUCUAAAUGGGCUUUUCCAUUAAUGUUGAACAGAUGUUCUGCGGUUUUCUGAUGUUAAAGUGAUUUUAAUGAUGCAUCUUCUGUAUAUCUGCUUUGUUCUGCUUUAAUGUUCCUUAUGGAAGCAAAUGUUUCAGUUAUGUAACUUUAUUGAAUUUCUGAAGAUAUUGUCACUUGUUUCAA